UGAGAAGGAUAAACCACGGGCAUCAUGAAGCGUCUGGGUCACUUUGCCGCUUGGUUCCUCUGCCUUCUAGAGGUCCUGCACACACCAGCUCUCGCGCUUCAAGUCCUUCAGCCUAGACGAAUCCUGGCAGACAGCCACAAUGUCACUCUCGAGUGUGCGUACGAUACCACUGGAGAUGGACCUUUUGAGCAGUUUGGCAUCAUCAUUUAUAAAGGAGAACCCACGAAUGACACUGAGGUCUGUGCUAUGUUCUUCAAUAACAGUGCCAAUCAUUUCAAGACGGCAACUGCUCCAAACUGUCAGGCACAAAUCCAGAACGGCAGUGUCUCAGUAACGCUCAGUGGGCUGAACACAUCCCACAGUGACUUGUACAUUUGCCACAUGGCGAAAAUACAUCCGCCUCCCUACAUCGAGGGCAAAGGAGAUGGGACUUGUAUUUUCAUCGCUCCAGAGAUGCCUGAGGCAAAGCCAUGUCCAGAAUUCACUCAGUCCUUUAUGAUUGUAUUGGUCAUCGCUGCACUCUUCAUGUUCUCCAGUAUCUUCAUUUCCUGCAUACACUGGCCUCUUGGUACCACCGCUUGUAUUCUCAGGAUGAAGGAGGCAGUUGACAUGAAAUGUGAACUGAUUCACAAUUAUGACGAGCCUGCUACUGCUACAUGGACUGGCCAGCGCUGGGAGACAGGCCCAAGGCAAGAAGUUGCUAAAGAACCGAGAAGAACAGAACAAUGAAUACGUCAACAUGGAACCUCCUGAACACAGCUCUGGAAGAAGACGAGGGAACCACAUGGGCUACCGCAUGUAACACAAUGUCAUGUAUCAAACUCACCGAGCGGUGCAACUGAGGCCUCUCCUGGAGAGAUCUGGGCAAAUCCUGGAAGAUUCCUGAAGGAGCUUCACCCUCUUCAUCUUUUCCACGUCCCUCAAUGAGCUGGCGUAAAUGCCACUGACUUGGGUGUUAUUUGAAUUCUCUCCAAUGUUUGUCGAAGGCAGCAGGCUUGUGCAGUUCAGAAACACAGGCACUGCAAGCUAAUAUUUAACCUCUGUCACACACAGGAAAUUGGAGCUGGGCCAAUCCUCCCAGAGGCCCAGGCUUCAUUGCAGUUGAGUCAAGCCCUUCCACAUCCAACAAUACUCCACAUUAUAUUCCCUUCAUUGAAAAAUUUCAAAAAUAACAUGGGAGUGGGAACCCAGUCAAGUAAGGCUGACUUGCCCAAUUUCAUUAACAUGUUUCUUAAUGUUCCUUUCUUAAUCCCCCUUCCCCAUAACCCCUGGCUACCUUCCCAAUUACACCAUAUGCGACUCCAAGGGUUGAGAACAUCCCUUGAUAUCCACUCCCUCAUUUCCUUUCUCCCUCUUUGUCUCUCUUUCUCUGACUACACACUCUUUUUCCAACCCUCUCUCUACCUCCUCCUCACUUUCUUCCCUUCCCUUUCUUUUCCUUCAGUCCCUUUCAUUUUUGUCCCUCAGUCUCCUGAUUGGGAGGCCACGCAGUGACAGAACAGACAGAUACAGUCAGACAUUGUGAGACAUAGUCAUCAACAUGAGAAGACACAUUCAGCACCAGAAUGAAGUUUACUUGAGUUGGUAUUCAAGCAAUAUUAAUGUAGCUGAUCAUACCAUUGCUAUCAAUAUUUGUGUCUUUGUAUAUUGUGUCGUUUUGUGUGUCUGUGUCCUCAUAUGUAACUGCAAUUGUGCUAUGUCCGUGUGUGUGUGUGUGUGUCUAUCUCUGUGUAUGUGUUUCUCUCUUUCUCUCUCUAUGUUCACUUUCUCAGUUCCUUUUUCCUGUGAACUCACAGGAAUGUCAACGCAAGUGUUAUAUGGAUGUGCCUUCGUGUUCACCUGUAAAAAGCCUUAUCAGUCCCAAAACUAUUUCAAGAUUCCUUCUAAAUUGUAAAAAGUGUAAAAGUUAUCAUCAUCCUAUGAGACAGGAACGAUGAAGUAGUAUUUUAAUAUGCUUAUGUAAACAAUCUACUAUUUAUGUCAGGUUAUUACUGGGUUUGUAUCAGCAUUUCCACUAUCUCAAAUUUUGUGUUACCCAAAUAUUGCUGUACAAAGUGGUACACCAACCAGGUCCUGGCUCUUUAAUAUGUCACAUAUGAGCAUACAGACCAGCUGAUCCACCAGCCUCCUCAUACUAACAGGCUGUACAGAGGGAAGGUGCUCACACAGAGGUGGUCCUUGAUAGGAGGUUCUGAAAGGCCACGUCAGCACAGCCUCACACUGGACACAGACUGGAGCAGAGCAGGUACAGAACCAAGCACCAGCUCCAAUGAUACCUGGAUCUUGAAUGAUUGUUCAGAGACACACGAACUCAAGCUCACAAGAUUGUUGCCAGCCGAUACUACAGAUUGCUUGCUCUUUUCUUCAGUAGGUGGACUUAGUAUGAUGUCAACAAUGAACAUGCUUGUGUGAUAAUUGCUACUUGUAGACAUCUGUUCCUCAAUAAAUUGUCACAUUGAACUCA